AUGGGGAGAAGGAAGGGGCGAUCAGAGAAAUCAGAAACCCUAAUUUCUGGAAGAGAAGGAAGGGGAGAAGAAGGAAACGAAAGACCGAGUCUUGGAGAAGAGAAAGGAGGUUUCUUCGCCUGCUAUCUCCUAACUUCUCUCAGCCCCAGGCACAAAGGUCACACCUACAUCGGAUUUACAGUGAAUCCAAGGUGUAGAAUUAGGCAGCAUAAUGAGGAAAUAGAGAGCGGAGCAUGGAGGACGAAGAAAAAGUGGCCUUGGGAAAUGGUUAUGUGCAUCUAUGGUUUCCCUACCAAUGUUUCUGCUGUCCAGUUUAUUGCUUAUUAUUCAUUGUUUAUUGCCGUUAAUGCUAAAUUUGACUGGUACACCUUAGCCAUGAGGGCAGUGAUUGUAAAAUCCAAGUUUGAAUGGGCCUGGCAGCACCCAACAGAAUCGCUUGCUGUGAGGACUGCAGCUGUAACUUUUAAGUCCCUCUCCGGCCUUGCUAAUAAGAUCAAACUUGGCUACACAAUGCUCACUAUCCCGGCUUGGCAGAACCUGCACCUUACAGUGAACUUUUUGUCAACACAAUAUACUCAGCAUUCUGCUGGUUGCCCAAGCCUACCGGAGCACAUGAAGGUCCAAGUUUGUUCCAUGGAUGAGCUUCCUUGCUAUACAAAUACAAGCAGCGAUCAUAAUAUAUAUGACGAUGAAGAUCACCGGGAUGAUGAUAAUGAAAUAUGCAACAAAACCAGUAGUGAUGGAUCUGUAAGCGAAGGAUUGAUAGAUAUGACAGUUGAUUAUCGGAGAGAUUACUGGAAGAGAAAUGAAGAGAUGACUACUCAUGGCCUGAAUGGAUGUGUAGAAGACAUUAGCAUGAGACAGUUGCAUAGUUCAACUGAAGAUCAUAGACAGUCAUUUUUAUCGCCUUCAUUUCUUACUAGUACCUUUAACACAUUAGAAGCAGUCAAAGAUAGAGAUGUGUUUGCAUUUACUGAAGAGAGUAGUAAGGUUGAACUGGAUCAGCCAAGCAGCGAAGAAUUGCCAACCAGAAGAGCUGCUAAUAAUGAUCAACCUCCAAUUAACGGUCCUGUUGCUCCUAGUGAAGUUGAGGUUAUAGAUUUGUCAUCCCCCUCGCCUGGCUACAGAAUUAGGUCAACUAGCAAGAAGAGAAAAGUUCCUUAUGUUCGUUCUGAAAUAAUUGACCUGACCAAAUCACCCAUUUUUGUUUAAUUAACUGUAGAAUGGCAGAGAUGCAACCUUGGUUGAUGAAAAAGACAACUAUACAUUUGUGUCCUGUUUGGGAAUAAACUUUGGAUGUUUUGUAAUUUCCAUUUCAAUAAUAAAAAAUAAAAAAAAUUGCACCCUCA